AUGCCGAACGAGCGAGGCAAAGGCGCUCGGAAGGGCGGCCAGGAGAAGAGGCUCGACAAACGCGAGGUGCGGCGGCAAACGGCGCAGCGCCGGGUCGGCCUAGGCGAAGAUCACGAUGACCUCGCGUACAGCCCUCCUGUUGACAGAGCAGCGCCCAAGGUCGCUGAAGAGGCUGAAGUGUCCGAGGAUGUGGAAGAAGAGGAGGAGGAGGAAGACUCGGCGUCCGAAGAUCGAAUAUCCAAGCCUUCGGUGUCACGGAAGAAUGCUGCCGUGCACCACGAACGAGAAGAGGAAGAAGAAAUCAAGGAGAUCAAGCACGGGAUCCGGCAGCAGCUGUUGAGCUGGGCCAAGGAUCCGGGGAUGCCCUUGGAGGAGCAGAAACGCAUGGUGCGACAACUGUUGGCACAGUGGCAUCCCGACAAGAAUCGUCACAUUGGCCCCACUGCCACGGUGAUUUUUCAAUUCAUCCAGGAAGAGGUGGAACGGAUUGUUGCACAACUUUCGGCGGAAACGGACCUGGUGGCGAAGAAGGCGGCAGAGGCUGAAGCUCGGAAGGCGCAGCGCUCCGCGGAACGAUCGGCCAAGACCGCAGCGCUGGAGGCCGCUCGGCGAGAGAAGCGCGAGAAACGAGGAGAAGAAGCCGAGGGCCCAGUGAACGAGGUCAGCCAGGCACCCGUGGAGGUCACGGAGGGCACCUCGCAGGAGUGGUCCUUGGUGAUUGGCCACGGCCCGGCGACGACCAGCUUCUUAAGACCCUGGCCGAGGAGCCAUUUUUCCAUCACCAGCUUCCACCUUCCAGACCGAGGUGAGCAGAUCCUGAUCUUCGGUGGAGAGGCCUACGACGGACGAGAGCUGACCUUCUACUCAGAUCUCUAUCGCUUGGAGAUGGGCGCUGUGGAGGUGGAUACGCCUUUGCCCUGGGAGUGGCUCGGCAGACGGACAGAAAGCUUGCGGGAGCUUUUUGAAUAG